UGGCGUGCCACAGGCGCCCGCCGCGGGAACGGGAUGCGGGAAUGCGCGAAGUGAGCCCGGCGGCUCGGGGCACAGCGAUGUGGCCGGGAGGAAAGGGCCACGGCAGCUGCUCGCCUUUCGGAUAAUUCCUGCCCCUGCCGCGGGUCUCGGGCAGCGGCACUCUCUUGUCUGUGUGUGGCAUGUGGAGCCGGGGUUUUGUAUGGCAUUUGCGAGCCGAGCGAGGCCACGGUUCCUUUUUUUAAAAUUCUUUGCUCUGGGUACAGUACAUCUCUCUCUGAUUUUUCCUUCCCUGAUAGCGGGGUGGGCCGGGAGGGACGAUCGUGACAGUGACGGGAAUGUUUACUUGUGCAGAAGUCUUUCUCAUGUGGAAGCACGCUGCUCCCUAACUCCUGGCUAAGCAGACUUCAGUUCACCAACUUUGCUGCCGCACAGCACGCGUAACUCCUUGGCAGGAUGGCAGACAAAAGAACAGCUGGUGCAAAGCAAUAGGGGAUUCCUAGCGAGGAGGAGGAAGGAGGAUCACCAGCCUUUCGCCCGACGGCUGUCAGAGCACCAGAAACGGGACAGCUGAAGCCACCAUGCGCAGGUCCAGCACCGAUGAGUCGACCUAUCACAGGAGCCCUUCCCUGGACAGCAAGGAUUACAGUUUCCCAAAUGGCGCCUUCCGUCGCUACAGCAGCAUGUAUGGUGGCCAGUUUGGGGCUGCCAGCAACUCUUUUUUUGGAUUUCAUACCAACCCAGGCCCGAAGGCCACCAAGGCUAAGUACACGACCCCCAAGGGAAACAAGUACGUUGUCUUUUACCUGGAUCUCUCAUUUAUUUUUCUCCUAGAACUGAAGAGGUGCAGCAUGGCUCACAACUGCCUGCAGUGUAUCAAGUACCUAAUGUUUGUUUUCAACCUUCUCUUCUGGUUGGGAGGCUGUGGAAUCCUUGGUGUAGGCAUCUGGCUGGCUGUUACCCAAGGGAACUUUGCCACCCUCUCCUCUUCUUUCCCGUCGCUGUCAGCUGCCAACCUACUGAUCGUCACAGGGACGUUUGUCAUGAUCAUUGGCUUCGUGGGCUGCAUAGGUGCCAUCAAAGAAAACAAGUGCCUCCUGCUGAGUUUUUUUAUCAUGCUGUUAAUUAUAUUUCUGUUGGAGCUCACUGUUGUGAUUCUGUUCUUCGUCUACACCGACAAGAUUGACAAGUAUGCUCAGCGGGAUCUGAAGAAAGGACUUCAUUUGUAUGGGACAGAUGGAAAUAUUGGCCUCACUAAUGCAUGGAGCAUCAUUCAAACAGAUUUCAGAUGCUGUGGAGUCUCCAACUACACAGACUGGUUUGAAGUGUACAACACAACCCGGGUGCCAGACUCCUGCUGCUUAGAAUUCAGUGAGAAUUGUGGGCUCCAUUCCCCAGGGACCUGGUGGAAAGCGCCUUGUUAUGAAACUGUGAAAAUAUGGCUCCAGGAAAACCUACUGGCAGUGGGAAUCUUUGGAUUGUGCACAGCUAUGGUGCAGAUUCUCGGACUCACCUUUGCAAUGACCAUGUAUUGUCAGGUAGUCAAGGCAGACACCUACUGUGCAUAGAUACCAUUCCCAAUCUUUCUGCUUCUCCUCCAAAGGACACAGGAGAAAUCUCCUUCAUACUCAUUCAUCUGACCUUUUUUUCCCCCCUUUGUACUAUAAACUGUGUAUAAUGCUAUCUUUCUGAAGAUUUUGUGAAUCACCCCACUUUACUGAAGGAGGAAGAAAAGAAAAAGUCAGUAGUUGAACUGGCACAGGUAAGAAGCAGCCUUGUCUUUAAGCAGAGGAAAACCUCCAAAGAGCAAUGGUUCCUUUUCCAUGGCCUGUGGCAAGGCAAGAGAGGCUGCAUAUAAGGGGCUGACUGCAAACCCAUGAUAGGAAAGGAUGGCACUGAGGCAACCUCUGCAAAAGCUGCCAGGCUGCCUUCCUGCAUUUCCCGGUCUGGAAGAGAGGACGUAGAAAAUAAAUGUUCUUCAUCAAGAAGGUACAGAGUAGCUAGCACUGAAUGCAAUUGUAAUUUUACUACAGUUUGCACACAGCUAAAAUAUCAAGAUCAAACAGCCCUGCCUCCGAGUGUCUCAAGAUGGUUUUGUAGCCAGGAGAGGAUCAUCUUCAGAAAUACAUUGUUUUAAGGGAGUAUUUUUAAUCUUAUGCACCGCAAAGUCAGGCUUUUAAUCAGAAUCUGUACAGUGAGAUCCUGGCUGUUAAUGGAAAACUGGACAUUGCCUCACUUCCUAAUUGCCAGUGGCAUAUAGAUGGUUGACUGCAUAUGUUAUAUAUAUUACAUUCAUAAACACAUACUUUUCUGAAAGGAGGUGAAAAUACCCAGCAUCUAACCUCAGAAAGAGGAAACCUUUCUAUCCUAUUUUACAUUCCAACUGAAAUAACCAAGUAUUAUUUCUUGUACAAGGCACUAUCACUUAUACCUCUGGGAAACAAGUAAUUACUUUCAGCUGUAUCUUCAUUUCAGUAAACAACUUGUGAGUGGGCUCUCUCUGUCAGUCUACUAUGGUUUUAUUUUUUAUCAUCCCUGUUUCAAGUUAGUCUGCCAAAAAGUAUCACUCAUUUCCACCCUUGAAAAUGUGUGCCAAGCUGUCAGCUGUUCCUCCCCUGAAUGUCACUAUUUCAUUAAUUUACUUUGGGAUAACAUCAUCUGCAGGUAUGAUAGAGUUUGCCUUGCUGAGGAAAAGUCUUUUCCACAUUGCUCAUUUUUCUGAGAGUUAUUAAGACUUCAGAUGCUUUUAUGCUUAGCUUUUUUUUUUUUCCUCCCAGCUGCACGCUGACAACAGCCAAGACACAUCAGUCUCUGUUAGAACUGGAGUCACUUCUCAGUGCUCUUUUUCAGAUGCAUUUUCCUUCACCUAGCUGCUGGCUAGAAUAUAAUCCACACCUUCUGGAAUACCACAGAAUCACAGAAAUAUGCAGAAAUCAAAACCACAACUUUCCUUAGCCAGGGAACAGCCACUCAUUGAUAAUGGAAGUAAUUCAUGUAGUACCCUCCUAUGCACAUCUUCUGGUGAUGAGGUUAAGAAUCAGAUGUAUCCUAUUGUUCAAACAAAUAAUUCCCUGCCAGCAAACAGCGCCAGCUAAUGCGUAUGUGACAGAGAGAAGCUGAAGCACCCUAGGGAAAGGACACAGCAGGGAACAGCAAACAGAGCAGUGCAGAUGGCCUCCUCCCUUCAGCCAGCCUUUGAGGAGCUCUCAGCCACUGACACUCAGAGCAGAGAGAUGAUCAUGGAGUCCUGUUUUCCAGGAAGUUCAGCGCAGCCAUUCCUGCAGACUGGAAGCAUGCAUCAAGCUCAUACAGAAAGUUACCCUGCUUACAACAGCAGGUCUCAGCUACGAGUGACAUUUUGCGUGCUUUGAUUUAAAGGCAAUUUCCAGCACAAAGCUGCCAACCCCCCAGCCUAUUGAACAAUCUCCUUUACACCCUUAACUAAUCCUUUUCCUGGACCUGCAUUAUUUGACAGAUUCACUCUCACUCCUUAGGUUUGGGGGGUUUUUUUGUCUCUUUGCUGAUUUCCUGCAUUCUUCUCACUCUCAGGCAUGAGCUACUCCAUAUUUUCUAGGGAAUUGCUUAGGACAGUCUGGUGUUUAAAAGAGCAAGUAUCUUCCUAAAUCUUACCCCCAUGGGGCAUUUAGCUCUGCAGGCUAAGGUAAAAAGUAUUACUUGUGUGCAUUUUAUGUGGCUUCCCAAUCCCUAUCACAGCAACCUCCUCACCACUAAAGGAUUUUACUGUCAUGCAAACAAGCCCUGAAAGUGUUAACCAAGCUGAACAAGUAGCCCACACACAGGUGCCCUGUACUCCAAGCAAGAGGCUCACUAGUGGUGUUGCAAUCACCACAGUCUCCAUGCUUUCUGUUUCUUGAGCCCAGGCUGACCUGCAGCCUGUCCUGCUCUGCAAAAGAUGGUGUAAGUUUGUUCCUUCCCUCUCUCUGUUCUUUUCUUAACCUGCACUGAUACAAUUCCAGGUUAGCUGUACCAUUAGUUCUUGCCAUGGUUUAUAGUUUGUACACAGGGGUGCUUCUGCUGACAACUCAGAGUUUCUACCACUGAAAAGCAGCAUGACAGAGUGAUGAAUACAUUCAUAAAACAUUGAUUUUUUUCUGAGACAGAUAAAAGGUAGACAAGUCUAUCUGUAGUGAUCCCUGCCAUUAAAAAUUAACACAGACAGCAGGCUGAUGAUGGUUCAGUUGAUGGGAGCAAACCAUUGUGCAGAACUCCCACAGAGAGCAACUCUCCAAUUUGCUUGAUGGUGGUGUAGGGAAAAGAGAGAUCACAAACCCCUCUCCUGCGAGUCUCACAGUAAUAUGUGCGGAAUUCUUGGAGAACACUGCUAGACUUCAGCUAAAGCUUCAGUGGAAACAAAAUACGAGAAGCAGACUGGAGACAAGUCAUAUUGUGUGGUUUCCUCUAAUAAUUUUUCACAGUUUAGGUGUCUUUACAAGAUAAACUGCCUUGGUUUUCAAAAACAAGUAUUUAAAGGGAGUGUAAGCAACACCCAUUUCAUAAAUCCCAGUCACUGCAACAAAAACACACAAGGGAAAAAACAAAACAAAAACCACAAACAAACCCAAAAACACCCAAGCAGACAAACAAGCACACAAAAAACCCAGAUCACAUAUUGCUGCUAGUAAUUUUUUUUAAAUACUAUCCUUCCACUACCAACUGAGAUGCUACUGCAACUUGUUCAUAAUUUGAACUGGACUAUUUUGUAUAUUUGAUGUUAUUAACUCUCUCCACAUAGACCAAACAGAUGUUACAGUGCUUACAGCAUCACCAGCACAAUCCAAUUUCAAACCUCUGAACAUAUUGCAUAUAACAAGCCUCAGACUUACCAUAUUUUCUUAAGAGCAUUGCAUCCUUUCUCUGCUGACAAGGUCAAAAGAUUUUGUGAUGUGUAACAGCAACAGUCUAACAAAAAAAAACCCACAACAAAACAAAAAAGGACAGUUCCAUUUAACACAUAGAACUUCACAUUAAACUGGUUGAUUAUAAAUACUUAACCUGUAGUACAUAAUAUUCAUUUGAAAGGUUGCUGAUAGUGAAUGCAGGCAGAGCAAUACAGAAGUCAUUCCAAUUGCUUCUAUUAGUGUCUUGUCACUUUUAGUUAAGUCUUUUAUAUUAUUUUGACAUCUUAUCUUUAAACAUGAAGGAGGACUUAAUACAUUAAAAUUAAAGACAGAACCAAAGGCAAUAAAGGAGCACUCUUAGUCUAUUCUCAUUUCUGUUUCUGCUUAAUAAUAAGAUAUGAAGGCACAGGGCAUAUGCCUGAACCCACUGAAUUCAGCAGCAUCAGGAUUUAGCUUUUUAGAUUCAGCCCAAUAUACUUUUUGCUUUUUAUUUUCACAGUUACUAAAAAAACCCAAAAAACAUAUAUUUAAUAGAAUAAGGUUUCUUUUCUUGUACUAUCACUAGCAGCCAAAUCUUACUAUUUGUACAACAGAAUUACUUACCUUCUCAUCAUACAGUGCACAAUCACUGAAAUUCACUCCAGCUUCUGUUCCAUGAAUAGGUCUUUGGUCUUCCCCUUUAAAUCAAACAAACUCAUAAAGGUUUAUUCUUCCAUUUAAUAAUUUGUAUUUAAAUGCAGCAUUGUUGGUUUCAUAAUAUGGAGAGGAAGGAACUGCACUGAAGCUGUAAAAAUACUCUGUCUUGCAUCAGCAAUAGGGCUGCUAUGGGAAUCCACCCAAACCCUCACUUUGCACAAACUAACAAGAACUGGUCACACUGAGCACACGUGGCUCUGGGCUGCCUUUUACACCUUCCCAGGGUAGGACAGGAGGUUGUCAGCAUGGACAAAGUCACAGCCUUUCAUUUACCCCUUGGCUUCGGUGUUGUGUAUAAAUGUGGCACCAAAGGUAAGCAACAGAAACCAGCAGCUGAUUGUGGCAUUUAUUUUAAACCCAGGCUCUCUAUUUACUCUUUAAUUUAUCUGCAAGAAUUUGCUAAGUGUGAAUGAUCUUCAUAGAUACCGAGUUAGACAGUUAGAAAACAUGUUGGGACUUGCCAGGGGAAAUCUUGUUUGGAUUCCAUUGUGAAUUCUCCUCCCUUGUCACUGGUAUCUUACCACAGUGGGCAGGUCUCCUCGGGUCUUUGGAUUUUGUUGCUGCAAUUACAAUGGUACAUUUUUGUGCAUUCAUAUAAAGAACAAAAUUUAAAGUAUACAUUUUAUUUUUUAAAAGUUAUUAAAUAUUCUUUAAAGUUUACAACAGAAUGUCUUUUGUAUUCUUUAUAAGCAACUGCACUACAAGCUAAACAGUGAUUCUAUACAGACCCAAAGAUGUGUGUGUGUACAACUGUGCAAGUGCACACACACACUGUAUGCAAUUUAACAAAACCCCACAGUGUUCUACUUCUUUGCCAUGUCUCAUUACCUUUGAUUUCACCUAUACUUCCGUACAGAUUUGUUUUUAUUAUUAUUAUUUAAGUGGCUUACCCAGUCCCAGGUAAAUUUACGCCCCUCUUUCCUCUUAAGGAUGGGCAACCUGAAAUUAUGUGGUAGUUGAUAACAAUUCAGAAACUACUGGGAGAUCAGGUUCAGUGUUAAAAAAAACCUCAGACCCAAAUCCAAUUAUUUUCUGUUUACAUUUAUCUGGUACUGAUAACUUUGAAACAAAAGGACUUCUCUUUUUCUGAGGUAGUUGCUUACAUUUGGAAAUUACAUAGAAAAACUUGAAAAAUUAACACCAGAAUGUGUUGAAAUGGAACAACUAGGAAGUUGUACUGUGUCAGAUGAGUAGAAUGUCUGGUUAGCCACCAAUGUUACCUGCAGUCAUGUCUAACACUCCCUCCUUUAAUACAAUUUGUUGUACCCUACAGGUCAAACAGCUUCACAAGUGAAAUUGCCUCUAAACUGUGCAUUCUGAACAACAACACAUGUGUACUAUUGAAAGUGUAAUGGGAGAAGCAGAGACCCAGAUGUUUUAGAGGUUGUUGCAGGAAGCAUCAUAAGGGAUAACCCACACCUUUGGUGGAACAUUCUUACAGCUCCCUUAGUUUAGUAGAGAUGUUUACAUUAUUUGAAUUGUCUUCAUCCCAUUAAAUGCACCACUAAAUGGUCUCAUUAACCACAUUUAUCUUUAAUCCCUUUCUGACUUCAUGAAAGAGAUUAAAGUCUUGCAGUGUAGCAGUGAAUUUCACAAUUUCUUCAAGUUGCAUUUAAAAGAAUCCUUCUAACGUGGAUUUUAACAUGUUGCCUUUCAAUUUCCUUUACUCACUACUGGUUCUGUACUUCAGGAAUGAUAACUUAAUGAUGCUUACAGAAAUAUAUGGGCUCAGAGCAGCAGUAUUACCUUUAAAGCUUAAUUUGGCUUUCCACUAAAGCUUAACCCUGGGUAAUUGAGUACUCUGUUGAUUUUCAAGAUCCCACUGUUUCAAACAGUGUACCUUCUCCCAGUAGCUAUCCCAGUUGUCUUUGCUUUUGAACUACAUGUUGGCAUAGACAGAGCUGUUCCUAUUUUAAUCAACAACUAGACGAGUAUUUCACCCGACAUCCUGCUAUUUUUCCAAAGCACACUUAACACAACCUGGAAAUAUCGGGCCUAGCUGAUUAUUCUGGCUGUGUAAUACAAAGUACUUUCUGUCUGCAUAGUGAUAAUUUUCAAAGAGACUUAAGGGCAGCUUAUGAAGCUUCAUCCAAGCUUUUGUCUUGACACAUCAAAAGUGCAAAACACAGAGUCCUGUGUUUCUUCUCUUACCAUGUUAAAAACCCCAAACUAAGGAAUCUGUCAUUAAUAACUCAUCUGGCAAAUGCCAUUUGAAACAGGCUGUUUUUCUGAAAUCCCAUUAGUUGCCUAUGGUAGGUCACUUUACCCUAGGCCUUGCUUCCUUGUCUCCCCCUGCAAGAAACUCUUUCCCCCUGGAAAUACUGUAUGUUUACUAGAAAUCCUGGGGGUUGUUCACCUGCAAAGCCAGCUCAGUUUACAUUCCUCCCUCCAACAGCCAGAAAAUGUUCACUACCAAAUCUACACCAGUGUGUGUUAGACAGCUGAAGAGAAGUCCUACAUCUUAGGGUUUUUAAUGAAGAAAUAGCUGAUCAGUUGAACUGAUUUCUCAAGCAAAUCUCUGGUAUGUUUUAUGCAGAAAUCAUUUAGGCAGAGCAGAACAUUUUGUUAUGAUAGAAUUGCUUAACAGAGACUUCCCUGUACUUGGAAUUAAAGAAUAAUUUGAAAGGAUGGGAUAAUUAUUCACUAUAAACUUUCCCUUAUAUUCCCAUGGCAUUGCUAUUACGAAGUAUAGUUUAAAUCACAGGCAACCAAAUAAAACAUAUAACCGUACAUAGUUAAAUACAUAGAAAACAAAACUGUAUAGAAAGCAAAGUACAGCAUAAAAAACCCCCAACUGUUACAUGUAUUGCUUAUGUGUCUGUGUCUCAUAUGGACAGUGACAAGAGUUCCAGGUGUAAAGCAUUCAUCCUGAAGAUUAACUAAAAAUGACUGGAGAAAUACAGGGAUUUCAGGAACCUGCUUCUCAAAGUCUAUUCAGAUGCACCUCAGCAUCUCCCUCCUCCACAAAUGCCUUUCUUUGGCCCUAAAGCUUAAGUCCAUCUCUGCUCCAGCCCCUUCCACCUCUACCGUUUAAAUCUGCUGUUCUGCACACAAAAAUACUUGGCCAGUCACAGUCCCAGUCUGUCAAAUGUGGAGGGGAUUCAGUUGUCUGAAUUGUAUAAAUUCUAGUGCCCAAUGAUAAGACACAUUACGUGGCUUGACAAAAUUCAGGUUUGAUACUGAGUUAGGAGAACACAGACUGUACAGAACAGAGCAGAAUAAGUAGUGUGACCGAGUAAUUCAUGCAACCUGGUUCUGGACCUAAGUAGUGACUGAAUCUGAGUUGCUCUUAAUGUCCUCGGUUCCUUGAUGCAAGCCUGCAAGUGGCUAGACAAGCACUGUUAUCACGCAGAACUGUCACUAGCUGUUUAGUAUUCUCCAGAUAGACCAAUGCUGCAGGAAUUCUUUUUCCAUUUUUUUUAACCCAGUUUACUUGGAAAUUUGCUCAGUGUUAUUGUAUCAGCCACAGAUGCAAUUAACAGAUUCUGAUAUUAUAUUCCAGCUUGAAUGAUAAACACCCAGAAUACUGAGGUAAAAAAAUGCCUCAUCUUAGAAAUGACGCCUUUCUUGUUCUUCUGAAAUGCUCACCUGGACCCACACACUUUCAAGGUGUCUGGGACAGCAUAUGCAUCCUCACAGUUUGUACUAUGGCAGCCCAACUGCCCAAGAUAACUUCUAUCAAAAAAAAAAAAAAAGUGUAAACGCGUGUUUGUGUAAUUCUCAGUUCCCUCAUUUCAGGCUCUCAUUUCUUAAGGAAUAAACACCCUCCCUCCUUUAAGGGAGUCAGAGCUGUUCACAAACUCAGUUAGGAUGAAGCAUUUGCAAAUACUCCAGGAAAAGAGCACACCUGCAUGGUGCUGAUUCUAAUGCUUCUUUGGAACCCCACCUCUCACUCUAUAAUCCAAUACCAGGUCUCUUACCACAGUCAAAGUCACCAAAAGCUUUGUCAUAAUCUCGGAACACCACACAGCCUCCCUCCCUCCCCACCAAUGGCCUUCUGUAUUAAUUUCAUUUGAAAGCCGUGCUGGCAUUAGUUGAACAGGGAGGCUGUAUGGAAGUGUAAGUCAAGCUCUUUGGGUAAACUCUUCUUGCUGUAAGCUCAGCUGCAGGAACUGGACACAGAAAUAUGUUAGAAAUAGUAAUAUUUCCCCCUAGAAGCCAGAGGUGCUUUGACUAUUCUGGUGAGCAGCUAAGUUAUGCUACGUGGUCUCUCAAGGGCAGAGUUGCCUCAAAACCUCAUGAUUGAAAACACUCCUACUUUUUGGGGAAGGACAGAAAUUGUGAACUCAGACCUGUGCACAACAGAAGGAAUUACAGAUUUGCAAAUGCAAACACAGUUGAGUACAUAGACUGAAUUGAUGUGUCAUAUAAUUACUAAUUCACUUUCCCUAAACAAAGUAGCUCACCAGCUUGGAAGUACAGUUUGUUGUCAUGGAACUUGCUUGAUAUUUGGUGCUAAUAAAAAUUGAAGUUUUAAAUCUC